UAAGGCGGGCUGGAGCACUCGGUCCCAGAAUACAGUGCCCGAUAUUCACUGAGCGGAGAGCCAGAGCGUAUAAUACGAUGAACAAGAAGAUUUUGUUUUUCGGGGCUGCAUACCUUCUGGUAGCUGAGAUGGUGGUGGUCCAUGGCGUCAUCCUUGGUGGCCCGCCGUUUUCACGGUACAACCCGUACAACCCUUUCUACCGCAACCCAGAGGGUCAGUACGUUGAACGGGGUGGACAACAAGACGAUCAGCAGCAGCAAGACAACCCUCAAGUUGCAUAUCCUCAAACGACUUAUCCUCAGUUAGCGUAUUCUGCAGCGACUUAUCCUCGGGUGGCUUAUCCUCAAGCUAUUUACCCUCAAGUUUCGUAUCCUCAAGCUACUUAUCCGCAACUUUACUAUACAGGGUAAGCAGUAUUGGAACGCAUCUGCUGAAAUGUAAAUUCCAUUCAGUGGGGGAUCUCCUGUUCCACAUAAGUAUAAUACAAAUUUUUAUGCUGUAUUCAGAUGAAUGAAUAAAAAAAUUGAUGUAUUUUA